AAACCCUCCUCCUCCUACAUAGCUAGUCAUCAGUAGAGAGAAGCUAGCAGGUGACUACCAUGGCAUCCAUGUCUACCAUUGUACCACUAUGUCUAAGCCUCCUCCUCUUCUUUCAAGUAUCGAUCGCACAAUUUUCAUUUGGUGGAGGCCCACUAUAUAGCUCACGUGGGUUUAGGGGUGACUCAGUGAGCCAACACCAAUGUCGUUUUGAGCAUCUCGCCGCUCUAAAGGUGACUCACCGAGACAGAUCUGAAGCCGACUUUAUUGAGUACUACAACACCGAGGUACGCAACGAGUUCCGUUGUGCUGGAGUGAGUGUGAGGCGCUUGGUCAUUGAGAGUAGGGGCUUGGCUCUGCCUGUGUAUGCCAAUGCUCACAAGCUUCUCUACAUCAUCCAAGGUCAUGGAGUGUUUGGGAUGGCACUACCAGGCUGCCCGGAGACAUUUCAAUCGGUGCAGUAUGCAUUUGAGCAGUCUAGCACCCAAAAAUUGAGCGAUGAGCACCAGCAGCUUCACAAGUUCCGCCAAGGGGAUGUCAUUGCAGUGCCAGCUGGAGUGGCCCAUUGGUUGUACAACAACGGUGAUUCUCCUAUGGUUGCUUUUUUGGUCAUCGACUUUGGAAACAAUGCUAACCAGCUUGAUCCAAUACCAAGGGAAUUUUUCUUGGCCGGAAAGCCUACGAGCUGGCAGCAAGAGCAGUAUUCGUACCAGGCUGAACAACAAAGCGACAAUCAAAACAUCUUUGCUGGAUUCAAUCCAGAUUUACUUGGUGAGGCCCUAGGCGUGAGUAGGCAAACCGCCAUGAGGCUCCAAGAACUGAAUGACCAAAGAGGGGUGAUUAUCAGAGUUGCGCAAGGUCUCCAAGCACUACAUCCUUCUUUCCAAACUGAGCAGGUCCAAGAGGAACAGUCCCAAGAACAGCAACAGCAACCAACCUGGUCAGGCAGAGGUUGUGCGCAAAACAAUGGUCUAGACGAGAUUAUGUGUGCUUUUAAGCUGAGCAAGAACAUCAAUAAUGCACAAUCCACCGACAUCUUCAACCCCCGCGGUGGAAGGAUCACAAGGGCCAAUAGCUAGAAUUUUCCAGUUCUCAACAUCAUCCAGAUGAGUGCCACAAGAACUGUGCUCCAGAGUAAUGCUUUGCUCACUCCACAUUGGACAGUGAACGCGCAUAUAGUGAUGUAUGUGACUGCUGGUCAAGGGCGCAUCCAGGUGGUUGAUCACCGUGGUAGGACUGUCUUUGAUGGUGAGCUUCGCCAACAACAAAUCCUGCUAAUCCCACAGAACUUUGCAGUUGCAGUGAAGGCACGCCAGGAAGGAUUUUCCUGGGUGUCCUUCAAGACUAGCCACAAUGCCAUAGACAGUCAGAUCGCUGGAAAGAGAUCCAUUCUUCGUGCUUUGCCAGUUGAUGUGGUCGCUAAAGCCUACCUACUUUCAAGGGAGGAGUCUAGGAGCUUGAAGUUCAAUCGUGGUGAUGAGAUGGCUGUCUUUUCACCAAGGCUUCACCAACAAUUGUACGCUGAGUGGCAGAACAGCAAAUAAUUAACCAAAUAUGUAUUCUAUCCUAUGUUAGUGAUUUGAAUAAAGUAAAGGAGGGAUCAACACCUCUUUUUCAAUAAAAAAA